AAAUCAACUAAAGCUAUUAAUCCUGCACAAGAAAUAUUGGAGAAAAAGAUAACAAUCUUUUUUAUCAGUUCUAACAUACAAGGUUUUUUAAUAAAAGUAAAAUUUAGAAUGAUGUUCCAUCUUGGAUAAACGUUUAACUUAUUAUUUCACUGAGCACCCAGGCUUUGUCAAAAUUUUAAUUUUCAAUUUAUCUUCAUAAGAAACAAGAGUUUUAAAAAUGCAAAGCAUCCACUCACAAGGAUGCGCUUUUCAUAAAAAAUUACCUGGACAUAUUUAUUACCAGUCUAAUAUUGGUUAUUGAUCAAAUAAGUGGCAUAAUUUAGAGUAAUUAUUUUAUAGUUUCAUUAAAUAUUUAAUAUGCUUCGACAGUUAGUGCACUACUUGUCAAUUGAUGCCACGGAUUGUGUAAACGAUACCUGCGAUGAAAUUAAGCGAAAUUUAACAACAAAGAAGCAAUGGAAUACGUUUAUCAUUUCAAUGAUUCAAUGUUGGUUGCAAACUGUUAACAAUGGAUACAGUGAGAUUAAAUUUACUUUGGGAGAAAAGUGCAAGAUUACGUCAUCGAUUGUGGUUAGUGUUGUAGAAAUGUUAAAGUGUGAAAAAGAUUUCUGUCAGAUUUUGUUGCUACUUCCCGAACAGAUCAAAAACAAAUUACUAGAGGACUUAUGCAAAGUAUUGCAGACAAAAAAGCAUAAGCGUUUCACGAAAGCGUUAGCAAAGGAGACAUUCACUACACACUCUCAAAAUAUCAUGUACACAUGUCACGAAGUAGACUCAUCUGGUAUUCAUGCGUUUUAUAAAAACGUUCUUUACGUAAACAAUGUUGCUUCUUCAUUGUUACCUGAUGAGGUAUGCUGCUAUUUAUUUUACUUGUUGGAUAAUUUAUUAGAAUCCCUCAAACAUUCCAGCACGCAAGUAUUAAAGUCGUUGGAGCUUGAUAAAUACGGCGAUAAUUCCUACCCUUGUGUUUCGUUAUUAAACAAAGUAGAUGAUAUGGAGGUUAGGAAAAUAAAAACGAUACUUGAAACUACCAAUACUAGGCCUCUGGAGGAAAUUAAAGGAGAUAAACUAUGUUCUGAUAUAUCAUUUAUUCGAUUUAUGACAAAAAUACUACUGACACUCCAUAACUCUCUCGAGGAACUAAAGAAUGGGGAAAUAAUUGAAGCAGACUUGAGUGACACGAUCAUAAAAGUUGUAAUGAAAUUAAGGACGUAUCUGUUCAUAUUGAAUGACAUGAAAUCAAAGUUAGAUGAUUAUAUAAUUUUGUCAGAAAUUCUUGCUGAUGUUUUGAAGUUGUGUUCAGCUGUAUUUUCCAACAAUAACCUUGUGAAGUACGUCUGUUGUGAUGAGACAAAUAUGACAGAUUUAUCCAACAUGUGUGAGGCUUUUCUUGAAACAGAUGACGAAGUUCUCUUCUCGUUGUGGAAGGAAGAAAAAAACAAGGAUAAAAAAUUCACUGGUGCCUUAAUCCGCGUGAAUAAAUUAUAUCAUGGAUACAGGGACGCAUUUGAUUGGCUGUUGGAUUGUGACUGCGUGAAGAAAUAUACAGAUGUGUACAUAUCCACUUUGUGUGUUUUUACAAUCAACUUUGGUUCUGUGAAUUUGGUGCAGCGUUACAUGAAGUUGAUAUCUGAACAUCAUAAACAUAAAAGAAGAUGCAUACAAAAGGUUCUCCUAAAAUGCAUACCGUAUUUUUCUGUGGAAUUUUGUGAUUGUGUUAUAUCGUCAUGUCAACAAUAUUACCAAGGUGACGAAGGAACCAUUUUAUUUGGUGAUGAAAGCAGAACAAGAUUCGAAGCAGACAUGAAUGAAGUCAUUAACAAACUGACCGACGAUGAGGCUGACCUAAAGAUAAUUUCAAGGCUGGCUUCUUUGUGCGUGGUAUCACCUGGUUUUGUGAUCAAAGAAAUAAUAGAUCGAAUAUUUUCUGGGAAUUUAAAGUACACUGUCUUUCUAAAGGCUAUCACUGCAAUACCAUCGUUACUGCAGUUGAAACAAUGCGAACCAUCAACUUUAUUGCAAUAUCCUACUGCAUUUGUAUUUAUAAAAACAUUGUACACAAAACAUCAGCACAGCAAGUCCACUAUAAAGUCUCUACGUGGAUUAGUGUUUGGCAUUUUAAAGCACACGUCAGCAUGUCAUCAACAUAAAAUAACGCACAACAUAUUAGAUAUGUUCGUUAUGGAGAAUCUGCAAAAACAAGUUUUUCUACCAUCGGAAACAACGUUAGAGUUGCUUCAGAAAUGCAUCGAUAAUUUUAAAAGCGAAGGUAUAGAAACUGAAAGAGUGUUCUUGUUGCUGGAGCUUUUGUUGAGAAAAAAAGAAUUUGUUUCGAACCCUGAAGAAGCGCUAAUAGACGUUUGUGUGAUCAAUCUUGUCGAUCUUUUAAAGUAUAAUUUUCAGACAGCAACAUUGGAAGAAAAAGCAUUAUUUUUCACUUCCAUAAAAGAAAUGUUUUCAGCAUGUGAUUGGUAUCAAGCGUUCUAUUUUGUCUCUUUAUUUUCAUUACAUAAACAUGGCUUUCUGUUUUCUGUACCUUCAUCCCUUCUCGAAGUUUGUUCCAGUUGUGAUAAAUGGAAAUCAGUAGAAAUUAAAGAUGUUGAUAAAUGGUUAGCCUUGUUUCAACUGUCGUGCAUAUCAAUGCAACACGUAACCCAUUUUAUUGAAAGCAUGUCUGCGUUUGAUGCUGAUGAUGAAGUACCAUGUAUCAUUCAAUCUGCCGUCACUAUGUUUUCUGUUAACGUCAGCAAAUUCCGUGCAGAUAGGAUGAUACAGUGCUUAAAUGAGAUAGUACGACAUCAAAAACUGCAGAAUGUAUCUACGUAUUUUAGUGAAGACCUCCAAACAGCAACGAAUCUUCACGGCAUGAGUUUCGCCAUGUUGGUAUUCGUUCAGUGUUUUGUGUCGUUGUACAGUGAAGCAACAGACGAUGAAGACAAGGGUACUGUAGCACUCAACUGUGAUCAAUUCAUAACAAUUCUUCAUCUGUUUGUGAACUAUGCAAAAGAUAUGACCGACCAUUUGAUAGCAUCCCAGUUCACUCUUUACUUGUUGGAGCAACUCCUGUACGCAUCCGCCAUGUUUGAUGAAGGCAUGAAAAAAAAUAUGUCUCUCCUCCUGAUGAAUGUUCUACUUGCUUUAUUGGAUUCUGUAAAGUAUUUACAAGGCGACAAAACGAGCAUGCUUGACAAAUGCAAAGACACACUUAAUAUUUCAGAUGAUGAACUUGGACAUCUGUUAAAAGAAAAGUAUGAAGCUUUUGUCAAAAUGAAAUAAGCUAAUUUGAAAACUA